AUGAAGGAAAUUGUUACUAUCCAGUUAGGAAACUAUGCAAAUUUUGUUGGCUCUCACUUCUGGAACUUCCAGGAUGAGCUGCUUGGAUUAGCUGACAGCCCUGACAGUGACCAGAUAUUUAGAAAUCAUGGCCUUAACAUGGACAUCCUUUAUCGUAUGGGUGAAACUCAGCAGGGUAUUUUGACUUACACCCCUCGUUUGGUGUCUGUGGAUUUUCAAGGAUCCCUUGGAACGAUGAGUUCUCACGGAACGUUAUACAAUGAGAUUCCAGAAACUUCACGUGAUAUUUCAACAUGGACAGGUCCUGUAACAACUCAUAGGUCUCAACCUUCGAAAAAGAACUUAUUCUUGCAAAGCCUGUACGAUGAAGAGGGUGCGAAGUCAGGUAGCUCCAUCAGCUGUGAGAGUGGGAACAACAAUUCUCGUACUGAAGUUCAAGAUAAAGACAUAGUUGAUUGUCUGGAAAAUGGUGUCCUUUAUUGGACAGACUUUUCAAAAGUUCAUUAUCACCCUCAAAGCAUAUAUGAGUUGAGUGGAUUGUGGUCAGAUGUCCAAGAAUUUAACAAUUAUGGGAUUGGAAAAGAGGCAUUUUCUGGGGGUCUACGAGCAGAUGAAAUCAGUGAGAGGCUGCGUUUCUUUAUUGAAGAAUGUGACCUUCCCCAGGGAUUUCAGUUUAUUAUCGACGACUCUGGAGGGUUUUCUGGUGUAGCGGCGGAGUUUUUAGAGAAUAUUUCUGAUGAGUACACGAAUAUUCCAGUUCUACUUUACUCUGUCCGCAGUCCCGAGUUCUGCUCGGAUCCAGGAAGCCGAAUACAGACGAUAUCGCGUAAACUUCAUAAUGCUGUUUCUUUUACAAAGCUAUCUGCUUUCUGUAAAUUGAUUGUCCCUGUUGGUUUGCCAUCCCUCAAUGUUGGUAAGUACUGCUAUCAUUUGAGAUCCAAACGGGCCUCGAUUUCAGAAGCAAAAGAGGCAGUACAGGCUGCAUAUUAUGCAAGCCCGAUAGAGAAGAAGGCCAGAUUCUCUCAUUUAUCCAUAGCUCAAUGUCCUCUCCCGAUACCUUUACCUUUCCCUUCAAUAUUCAAAAAUCUCGUGGGUCGAGACGGUGAGCUUUUGGACACUCCAAUUUCAGAUUGUGCAUUUACACGAGGUUCUCUCGAGGUACAUUCUGUUCCUAUGGCAGCAAGACUUCGUUCGAGUAAUGCGAUUUUGCCGUUUUUGGAGGGUAGAUUGGAAAGCCUACGUAAGUUUGGGAUAUCUCGUGGAGGUUUAGGUACCGAGCUGCUUAAAAGUUGGGGUUUCGAGAGAGAGGAUGUUGAGGAGAUGGGGGAGACUUUGUCUGGGAUGGUUAUGGCUUUAAAUUCCGGCUCUCAAAUGUUGUCUGAUUCUGAUUAA